AUGGAGACUGUAGAGAUUCCUUUGAUGUCAAGAGACAAAUCUGAUGGGGAAAUCCAGGAUGCAAGUCGGUCACAGCGAAAAUUCAGCAGACGGGCGCUCCAAGCAUGGAGAUUCACUGUUGCUAGCGGUGCUUUAGCAGGUACAUUGGUUCUGCUGGUUAAUCUGAUCACCCUUGCAGUAAUGUACGGCAGAUUCAGUGUGGUCGACUACACCAUUACAUUCUUUACUGGAAGUUGUCAAACAACACAUAUCGUCACCAUUGUCUCACAUAUUCUAAUCAACGUGCUGAGUACCAUCCUGCUCGCCUCCAGCAACUUCAGCAUGCAAUGUCUGGGUUCGCCUACCAGGAGAGAAGUCGAUUCAGCCCACUCUAAGCAUCGUUGGUUAAGUAUUGGCACUCCAACCGUUCGCAACCUUUUCUUCAUUUCCAAGUCCAAGACCUUAUUAUGGCUGGUUCUGGGCGCUAGCUCAUUUCCUUUGCAUGUGUUUUGGAACUCGACUGUCUUUGAAACAAAGUCUACAAACGACUACCUCGCCGUCACCGUCACAGAGGACUUUUUGCAAGGUUCACAAUGGACCAUCCCAUCGAAGUCUCACAACGUCAAUGAGGCAUACGCAGAUGCUGAUGCUAAAGCUGCCCAUUACCACAAUAUAAUUCAAAGCCUCCAGCAAGAAGCCAUUGCCAGCAAGUCGGGCAACUCUUCAAGUGGACUCGAGUUUCUCGACGUGGAAGAGUGUCUCCGCGCUUAUGACCAGGACAAGGUAUCAGACCGCCAACAUGUCCUUCUAGUCGUCGACAAUGAUGCCGUGGCUCCCCCAAAUUCCUCAGUUCUAGCAAUCUACUACAAUGUUUUCUUCACAACCGGCGCGCCUCUCUUUCUCUGGAUAUGCAAUUCCUCAACAAGUGAUAUUGAUGUGAUGAAUGGGCGCGAAUGGUCUUGCGCAUCCGAUCUUCUCAAGGAUGGUGUCAACAACUGGAUCCCUGGCGGAGCUGGCACAAAUGGCGCAGUCCUUGGUUCUCAGAGAGAUGUGCCGGUUCGCUACUGCUACUCUCAGCGAACACCUGAACAAUGCAAAGCCAACAUUGUCCCUCUCUUCUUGAUCGUCGUGAUCAUCUGCAACGCUAUCAAAAUCGCCUCUUUUCUAUACACCUUACAAAUCACAAAGAAGGACCAACCUCUGUGCACAACUGGCGAUGCGAUUCAAUCCUUUCUCAAACAUCCAGACCCAUACACACAAGGCCGUUGUCUUAUCGCCAAAUAUGAUUAUGAGAAGCUCGGGUCAGAAGAAUGGACGACUCGUGCGCUCAAUGUCGGGGAUCUCUGGGCAGGAGGACGAUGGCGAUGGGGCAAAGCUGUCAAUUGGUGGCAAUGGACGGUUUACAUGCUCUGCGUAUGCAGUGUCAUUAUCUUUGCCGGAUUCUACCUACCACCCUUUAAUAUGCCGAAUUUUAUUACCGUAUCGCAGUCCGCCAUUGCGACACUCGGCCUCGGCUAA